CAGAGAUUUCUUUCAGAAAAAGAGUCACCACUGGCAGCACAUUUCAGUGACACAGAAUGGUUCACAAAACUUUGCUUACUGGUGUGACAUAUUCAGCCUGCUCAACGAACACAAUCUGUCACUUCAGGGGAGAAUGACAACUGUGUUCGAGUCGGCAGAUAAAGUGGCUGCAUUCAAAGACAAACUGGAAUUAUGGGGGUGACGAGUGAACAUUGGGAUUUUUAACAUGUUUCAAACAUAAGCAGAAAUUUUGAAAGAGACUGAGCCAGGGCCUUCUUUCUCCCAGCUGGGGCAUGAUUGCCUAUCUCAGCUUUCCAAGGAGUUCGAGCAUUACUUCCCAACCACAAAAGCACCUUGAACUGGGAAGGAAUGGAUCCGCCACCCAUUUGUGAAUAAGCCAGGUGAAUCGGCUUUGUCUGUGCCAGAAGAGGAUCAACUGCUUGAGAUUGUAAGUGACAGUGGCCUUAAAAGUAUGUUUGAGACACUUCAAAUCUCCAUACGUUCUGGAUUACAGUCAGGGUGGAAUAUCCUGAGACUGCCAUAAAAGCACUGAAAAGCCUGCUUCCAUUUCCAACAUCCCAUCUUUGUGAAGCAGGGUUUUCUGCAGUGACAGCAACCAAAACAAGAUUACGGAGUAGACUGGACCUAAGCAACACACUUUGGGUGUCACUGUCUCCCAUCACCCAGAUGGGACCAUCUAGUUGCAGGAAAACAAGCUCAGGGCUCCCACUGAUUCUGCAUUAUGGAGCUGUUUUUGUGCUGUUUGGCCCCUUUCUACCUGGAAUGGAACAAAGACUAAUGCCUUGUGGGAGCGGAUGAGUCAUACACACUGAAGGAGCAACUGCCGUUCUUCCGAAAUACCCAGAGACAGGCAACGACAGACCAUGAGCAGCAUCGAACAAACAACUGAGAUCCUGUUGUGUCUCUCACCUGCUGAAGUUGCCAGUGUCAAGGAAGGAAUCAAUUUUGUUCGAAAUAAGAGCACUGGCAAAGAUUACAUCUUAUAUAAAAGUAAGAGCCACAUGCGAGCAUGCAAGAAUAUGUGCAAGCACCAAGGAGGCCUGUUCAUAAAAGAUAUCGAGGAUUUAGACGGAAGGUCUGUUAGAUGCACAAAACAUAACUGGAAGUUGGAUGUGAGCACCAUGAAGUAUAUCAAUCCUCCAGGCAGCUUCUGUCAAGACGAACUGGUUGUGGAAAAGAAUGAAGAAAAUGGACUUUUGUUUCUAGAACUGAAUCCUCCUAACCCCUGGGAUUCAGAGCCCAGAUCUCCUGAAGAUUUGGCUUUUGGGGAAGUGCAGAUAACAUACCUGACUCAUGCCUGCAUGGACCUCAAGUUGGGGGACAAGAGGAUGGUGUUUGACCCUUGGUUAAUCGGUCCUGCUUUUGCCCGAGGAUGGUGGUUACUACAUGAGCCUCCAUCUGACUGGCUGGAGAGGCUGUACCAAGCGGACCUAAUUUACAUCAGUCACAUGCACUCAGACCAUCUGAGUUACCCCACACUGAAGAAGGUUGCUGGAAGAAGACCAGAUAUUCCCAUUUAUGUCGGAAACACGGAAAGACCUGUCUUUUGGAAUCUGAAGCAGAGUGGUGUCCGGUUGACUAAUAUCAAUGUAGUGCCAUUUGGAAUAUGGCAGCAGGUAGACAAAAAUCUUCGAUUCAUGAUCUUGAUGGAUGGCGUUCAUCCUGAGAUGGACACUUGCAUUAUCGUGGAAUAUAAAGGUCAUAAAAUACUCAAUACAGUGGAUUGCACCAGACCCAAUGGGGGAAGGCUGCCUAUGAAGGUUGAUCUAAUGAUGAGCGAUUUUGCCGGAGGGGCAUCAGGCUUUCCGAUGACUUUCAGUGGUGGAAAAUUCACUGAGGAAUGGAAAGCCCAGUUCAUUAAAACAGAAAGGAAGAAACUCCUGAACUACAAGGCUCGGCUGGUGAAGGACCUACAACCCCGAAUUUAUUGCCCUUUUGCUGGGUAUUUUGUGGAAUCUCACCCAUCUGACAAGUAUAUUAAGGAAACCAACAUCAAAAAUGACCCAAAUGAACUCAACAAUCUUAUCAAGAAAAAUUCUGAUGUGUUAACAUGGACCCCACGACCUGGAGCCACUCUUGAUCUGAGUAGGAUGCUAAAGGAUCCAACAGACAGCAAAGGCAUCAUAGAGCCUCCAGAGGGGACUAAAAUUUACAAGGAUUCCUGGGACUUUGGACCAUAUUUGAGAAUCUUGAAUGCUGCUGUAGGAGAUGAAAUAUUUCGUCACUCAUUCUGGAUAAAAGAAUACUUCACUUGGGCUGGAUUUAAGGAUUAUAACCUGGUGGUCAGGAUGAUUGAGACAGAUGAGGACUUCAGCCCUUUUCCUGGAGGAUAUGACUAUUUGGUUGACUUUCUAGAUUUAUCCUUUCCAAAAGAAAGACCAAGCCGGGAACAUCCGUAUGAGGAAAUUCGGAGCCGAGUUGAUGUCAUCAGACACGUGGUGAAGAAUGGUCUGCUCUGGGAUGACUUGUAUAUAGGAUUCCAAACCCGGCUGCAGCGAGAUCCUGACAUAUACCAUCAUCUGUUUUGGAACCAUUUUCAAAUAAAACUCCCCCUAACACCACCCAACUGGAAGUCCUUCCUGAUGUACUGUGGGAAGAGAGGACCUGAGAUUUCCCAGUUCACAGGGAUACCAAGCAACAUGAAAAAUUCAAGUAUUUACUGAUGCUACAUCUUGAACAUAGAAGCUUAUACCAAAGAGACCAUGCCUUAUUGACAUCAGCAGUGGAUAAUUACAUGUUGCAUUUGUGAAAUGUUCACAUAUCUUAUGUUUGUUGGAUCACUACGUAGCCAGAUUAUUAAUAUUUUACUUAUUCCGUCCAUAAUUUUCUAUAAAAGAACCAAUGAACGCAAUAGGAACAACUUCUCUGUGGAAAAGAAAGAUAACAGGAGAUGUAAAUCCAAGCACAGAAGAAAUAGAACGGGCGGAGAAAAGGUUUCCUAGAAGACAGUGAAGAAAAAGGAAAGGGGUGGGGGAGCAGAAGUUAAGCUAGAAGAAGAGAAGAAAGAAGAGAAAUAGAUAAAUGAGAGGCUAUAGGAAGAAAAUAGGGAAGAGAAAAAAUUAAGAUGGAACUUAAAAAGGAGAAUGUAAAAACAGACAUUUUGCUCCUUAAUAGAUUCCCCAAAUAGAGUCCAUGAAUCUAAUUGAGUAAGAAGUGUUCAUGAGCUGUUUUCAAUUUUUCAAAAAGCUUUGUUGAAAUCAUCUAUUUACCAAAACAAGGCUGUGGAGGCUACCCUAAAAUGUAGUACUUUCGUUGGGACUGAAAGUAUUUUAAUUCGGUAACAAAAUCUGUUAUUUAAUGUAAAUUAUAAAUUCUAACAAAUGGUGGUAUCUUUGACUAAAAAUAUGAACACUAGCUAGUGAUAAAAUGAGUUUUAUAGACAAUAAUUUUCAAAAUCGAUAGAAUAAUCAACAAUAAAGACCCAUAUCUCGAAAAAAUUAGGAAAUCCUCUUCUGAACAUUUGAAAAUGCUGUCGCAAUGGUUAAAAUAGGCAACUAAUUUAUUUCUGCUAAUGUCUGUAGUUUUUGAUGAUAUCCCCAUGAUUAUCACAUUAUCCCUAGGAAUAUGUGAUUGUUAACUACAUUUCUAUUUUACAUAUUGCUGUUUCCAGUAACACAAACCCCUCAUUGAUCUGAACAUCAAAAUUGAUUUUCUGAUUAUGUAUACUACCUCUUUAAUUCUGAAGAUACAAGAAUCCAAUGAUGGAAUUUAUCUCCUUAAAUCUCUUGAUUAUCUACUUCUCAUAAAGAUGAACACCAGUGAAGUUCGAUGGCUCUGGUUCACUUCACACAUUAUGCAUAUAUUUUGUGAUUUUGUGAUUUACAUUAUGCAUAUAUUUUAUAAAUUAUUUAAUUAUCACCAAAAAAUAAAUGUAUAUCAACAGAAUAUGUGUUA